GCAAACAUUCCACUUGCCUGUAGAACUCUCUAGAACCUCUUUCUCAGUACCAAGACUAGAACUCCACUCUCUUCUUCCUCUUCUCGGCGUCAGUGAAAGCGAUGGAAGAAGAUUUCGACAUUCCUGGCGGCGAGGAAAUGGAUCUAGGAGAAGACAAGGUCGGCGAGGAGAGGGAGAUCGGCUCCAACGGCCUCAAGAAGAAGCUCCUUAAGGAAGGUCAAGGCUGGGAAACCCCCGAAGUCGGCGACGAAGUUAAAGUUCAUUACACGGGGACUUUGCUCGAUGGAACGGAGUUCGAUUCGAGCCGCGGCAGGGAUUCUCCCUUCAGCUUCACGCUUGGACAAGGGCAGGUAAUUAAAGGAUGGGAUGAAGGUAUUAAAACAAUGAAGAAAGGUGAAAAUGCUAUUUUUACCAUCCCUCCUGAGCUAGCAUAUGGUGAAUCUGGUUCCCCUCCAACAAUACCUCCUAAUUCUACACUCCAAUUUGAUGUUGAGCUACUUUCAUGGACUAGUGUAAAGGACAUAUGCAAGGAUGGUGGUAUAUUUAAAAAGAUACUCACUGAGGGAGAGAAAUGGGAGAACCCUAAGGAUUCUGACGAAGUAUUGGUUAAGUAUGAAGCUCGUCUGGAAGAUGGAAAACUGGUAGGAAAGUCUGAUGGAGUGGAGUUCACAGUCAGAGAAGGUCAUUAUUGUCCUGCACUGUCAAAGGCUGUUAAAACCAUGAAGAAGGGAGAGAAAGUGGUUUUGACAGUUAAGCCACAAUAUGGAUUUGGUGAGAAGGGGAAGCCAGCACAAGGUGAAGAAGGUGCUGUUCCACCAAAUGCAUCAUUAGAGAUUACUUUUGAAUUAGUUUCAUGGAAAACUGUUUCGGAAGUAACUGAUGACAAGAAGGUCAUUAAGAAGAUCAUCAAAGAAGGGGAAGGAUAUGAGCGUCCAAAUGAGGGUGCCAGUGUGAAAGUGAAACUAACUGGUAAGCUUCAAGAUGGUACUACCUUUUUGAGCAAGGGCCACGAUGAAGAAGAGAAGCUGUUUGAAUUCACAACAGACGAGGAACAAGUUGUUGAUGGACUUGAUAGAGCUGUAUUGACUAUGAAGAAGGGUGAGGUUGCAUUGUUGACCAUUGCACCUGAGUAUGCCUUUGGUUCAUCAGAGUCUCAGCAGGAGUUGGCAGUAGUUCCUCCUAACUCAACUGUGUUUUUUGAAGUUGAGCUAGUUUCAUUUGAGAAAGAGAAAGAGUCCUGGGAUCUGAAUACUGAAGAAAAACUUGAAGCUGCCAGUAAGAAGAAGGAAGAAGGAAAUGUGUUGUUUAAAGCUGGUAAAUACGCAAGAGCAUCCAAAAGAUAUGAAAAGGCUGUGAAGUACAUAGAAUAUGAUUCCUCCUUUGGUGAGGAGGAGAAAAAGCUAGCGAAGACCUUGAAGGUUGCCUGCAAUCUGAACAAUGCUGCUUGCAAGUUGAAAUUAAAAGACUAUAAAGAAGCAGAAAAAUUGUCUACCAAGGUGUUAGACCUUGAAAGUACGAACGUGAAAGCCCUCUAUAGAAGGGCCCAGGCAUAUAUGCAGCUAAGUGACUUGGAUUUGGCUGAACUUGACAUUAAGAAAGCUCUUGAGAUUGACCCUAAUAACAGGGAUCUCAAAUUGGAGUACAGAACUCUGAGGGAAAAGAUGAAAGAGAAUAAUCGAAAGGAGGCAAAGUUUUAUGGAAAUAUGAUCAACAAGUUGACAAAGAUUGGUUCCUGAUUGCAAUAAACCAGCUACCAAUAAUGGUAUUGAAUCCGUGGGUACUGACAACGAAAUCUAAAUGGCAUCCAAAAUGGAACGAGAUGCUUGGAUUUGAUCUUCGUGGUAUGGUAUGGUAUGUGCCUACGGAGAUUUGAUGGUUAUUUAUUUUGGAUUUAUUAAUCGAAAGUUGACAUAAUUGACUUACACAAUUAAUGAUUUGUACGAGAACUUCAGUUAGAAAUGUAAUUGAUUGUAUUGUGUUUA